AUGAAUCCGGUGUUCUGCGAUUUUAUUGCCGGUUCCUUCGGCGGUGCGUGCGGACUGCUGGUUGGCCAUCCCAUGGACACCAUCAAGGCGUGGCAGCAAAAUUCCAACUACGGCAUGGGCAGCGCCAUGUACAACAUCAUCAUCCGGAACAACGGCCUCAAAGGAUUCUACCGGGGGAUGUACUUCCCGCUGCUGUCGAAUGGCGCCCUGAAUUCCGUCGUCUUUGCCGUGUAUGGGUCGCACCUACGGUACCUACAGAAGCACACACGGUCGGACCGGCUGCGAAAGGCCUACUGGAGGAAGCACGUGUUCCUGGCGGGUUCGAUGGCCGGACUGGCGCAGGUGUUCCUUGCCUGUCCGAUCGAAGUGGUAAAGGUACGCCUGCAAACGUUGUCCUUCAUUGGACAUCCGUGGGCCUGUCUGAAGGACAUCUUCCGGCGCGAAGGCUUGUCAGGGAUUUACCGCGGCAUCACACCGAUGAUGUUCCGGGACGUGCUACCGUACGGUGUGUACAUGUACGUGUACGAGUACAUGCUGGAGAUCGAGGAGCGGUUGCAUCGGCUCAGCAAGGACCGAUUAGCCGGGGCCACCGUUGGUGGGGCGUUGCAAGCAUCUCUGAUAGCGACCGCAGGUGCCGUCGCUGGUGUUGCCUCGUGGAUGUUCAUCGUACCGUUCGACGUGGUGAAGACGGUCAUGCAGGCGGAAACCGAUCCCACCAUACACAAGAGCAUGAUGCACUGCUUCCGGUCGAUGAUUAAGAAACACGGCUGGCGGUCACUGUUCCGGGGCAGCUUGGUCAUCAUCGCUCGGGCCGCUCCCGUCAAUUCGGCCACCUUCCUCGGGUACGAGUACUGCCUGGAGAAGUGUCAACACAUGAUGGAUGAGAAGUGA